AUGCGGUCCUUAAUCCCACUGACGGGUCUAGUCUCAAUUCUUUAUUUGCUCGCUCCAGUCAAUGCCAAUAAACUCGAUAAGAUAAAUGAGAUCUAUUCUAACCCACUUUCUCACGGAUUCGGUGAGGACAUCGAUUGGGUUCCUUGGGAGGAUGCGAUUGAGAAGGCGCUCGACGAGAACAAACCUAUCUUCUUGCUGAUUCACAAAACUUGGUGUCACGCUUGCAAAGCUCUGAAGAAGACCUUCCAACAAUCACAUGCUCGUAAAGCUUUCAAGAAGUUGUCAGAGUACUUCAUCAUGGUCAACACUGAAGAUGACGAGGAGCCAUUUGAGGAGGAAUACCGACCAGAUGGGAAAUACAUUCCACGACUUUUGUUCUUAGAUAAAAAUGGAGAUCUUUUGGAGCAGUUCAAGAACAAGAAGGCCGAAUACAAGAACUAUGCUUAUUAUUACUCCUCACCAGCUGAUAUCCUAAACUCAAUGAAGGAUGUGCUGCGGUUUUAUGAAAUCGAGGUUCCCGAGCUGAAGAGGACUGAGAAAUUGAAGGUUCCACCCCACAAAGCAAAGGAACUAGAGAAGGAAAAAGCCAAGAAGGCCAAGGCAGAUGAGGAGAAGAGGAAGAAGGACGAGAAAAAGGAAGAAGCUAGAAAUAAGAAAAAGGAAGAGGAGAAGGCCAAGAAAGAAGAAGCAGAAAAGAAGAAGAAAGAAGAGAAGAAGAAGGAUGAUAAGAAAAAGGAUGAGAAGAAGAAGGACGAGAAGAAGAAGGACGAGAAGAAGGAUAAGAAAGAUAAGAAACAAGAGUUGUAGAGCAAAUCAGCCAUCUAGUGAAUUUGUUAUGGGGUAUACCUACAUGUGAUUUCGUUGUUGGUUGCACGGAUAUUGAUGAUGACUAUAAUCAUAUGUUGUAAUAAGUUGUUUGCGG